ACUGUGCUGCUCGCAGCUGCUAUCGCCUCACGUUAGGACCAGCAACUGCUCAUAUUGACUUAAAUAGACUUUUGUUUUCUUUUUGUUUUGCUGGAAGCUGAUUCAUCACGAUGAAAAUGACUCAAACUUUGUAUCUGCUGUUUAUCUCAGGGUUUUCCUCCUUUCCACUGGGAUCUUCAGAAUUUCACCUUAUUAAACUUCCAAAAACCUACCAAGAAGCAAAAAGCUAUUGCAGGGAGAUGUACACUGAUUUAGCCACAGUUCACAACUCAACAGACAUGAAUAUGAUCAAUUUACUUUCAAGUACCAAUACCAGAGCCUGGAUAGGCCUGGAGAUCGGAGAUGUGUGGACGUGGCACUGGUCGCAGCCUGGUCAAAAACUGGAUUUUUUAAACUGGAAGGCAGGAGAACCACAAAAUAACAACCAAGAUGCGUGUGCAGCCAUGGAUCAACAUGGCAAGUGGUUUGAAAGUGGCUGUGCAACUAAAAGAAGUUUUGUUUGUCAUGGCUACAGUGACACCAGUGGUCACAUUUUUGUUGCUGAGACAAAAUCAUGGAGGGACGCUCAGAAUCACUGCAGAGGCUUAUCGUCUGAUCUCGUCAGCAUUCACGCAGCAGAAGAGAAUGAGGCGGUGCGUAAUGUGUCUGUGUCACAAAAUGUGUGGAUUGGCCUCUUCAAAGAUCCCUGGAAGUGGUCUGAUGGGAGCAACUCCUCAUUCCGUCAUUGGAAACCCAAUCAGCCGAACUACUUUGAGGAUCAGUACUGUGUUUCUGCCAUAUUCAUAGAUCAAGGGAGGUGGAAUGAUAGGAGAUGCAGCGACAGACGCCCUUUUGUUUGUCACGGGGAUCAACAGCCGACAAGUCUGCCAACUCCUCCAAACACUGCCAGCAAACUGACGACAACAAAAACCCCAGGUCUCGUCUCGGUCACCUCAACCACAGAAAUGUCGACUGCAGCGCAGCUGACUCCCACAACUACUGUACAAGUGACCACAGACGGUGUGUCUGCAUCAACGACACUGACGGGGACCUCAGCCCAGAGCACAACGUGGCCCUUAACUCUCAAGCCCACUGAAAACACUCCAAGUUUGCCUCCAGGGAAUUUGAUACUAAUCCAGGAAAAUAUGACAUGGAUUGAGGCUAUGAGUUACUGCAGGAAGCACCAUAUUGACCUUGUCCACAUUGUCAGCGAAGACAGUCAGCAGAAGGUGGCUGAGAAGGCAAAGAAUGCUACGUCCCCCCAUGUUUGGCUAGGUCUACGCUACACUUGCAACUUUAAUUUUUGGUUCUGGACCAGUUCGACAGCUGACUGUUACUUAAACUGGGCACCAGGAGAAGGAACUGAAGGGAAAUAUGACUGUGGUGUUACAGGUGCCAUUCAGGCCACUGGGAGGCAGCAGUGGGUAGGCUUGCCUGAGACAGAAAAACUGAAUUUCCUCUGUUAUGCAUGUGGUGGAUGAGUGACUGACACUGCAAUGCAAAGAUAGAUGUGUGCUGGUUUGACAAGCCUUGCUGUUUCAUAAUGAUAUUUUUGCAGUUACUGAUUCAAUGUUUCUGACAGUUGUAACAUCGAGCUAGUGGACUCUAAGAUGGUUAUUUUAACGCUCACUUAUGACAUCAUGCCUCUACCUUUGUUGGAAUACAGCUGCCAUCUCUAUUGUCGAGAUUGAAUUUCAUUAAAUAUGAAAACGUCAUGUGGUGUGUAGGCGUGCACAUUCACAGUCAUGGGCAGCAAGAGUAAUGUGAGAACAUUGAUCUGCUCUAUGCCUUUCACUCAGGGGUUACUAUUUGCAUAUUGACCCCCUGGAUCGGGCCCAAAGAUUGUGUUUUGUAGACCACCAGAGUAUCCUCCCGAUCCAGACUGCCGGCCGCCCUCGCUGACCUGACCUUCACUAGCGGCAACGUGGAAGACAGAGCUCACAGACGCUCACCUUCCUGUCUGCACCCUUGAGGUACACGGAGCAUCUAUAAACAUGGGAACUGGAAACGAUUCAACAUUUUCAUCAUCGAUCCUAAACUUUAUGGCAUAAGUGAAACUGUGCGUAGACGGUUUUCACUGUUAUCACACAGCUUGUGCCAUUGAACCAGUCUUUGGAAAAACGUUAUGUAUUUUCUGUGUAUUUUUUUUGACGUUUUUUCACUUUACACACACACAAAAAAACUUCCUUUUUGAAAUGUAUAACUCUCAACUAAUAUGUUUGAAUGGGCUUUACUUGUCAGUUAGUGCAUGUUAAAGUUUAUGUUCUUUGAGUUAAAAAAAGGAGAAAUUGUGUGAAAAAUGCACAAAAUAAAAAACACAGAAAAUAAAAUGUGCUUAACGCAGCAAGUUAUUAUAAUUGCUGUCAGUUAAAACUACUAGAAAACAAAUUGUGCCAUUGGGUACAUACUGAAGUGAAUCCAUAAACCAAAAACUGAUUAUUAAAAUCUAUGUCCCAACGUCUUCCAGUGGGCCUCUUUUUGGAAAAAAAAAGUGACAUUAUCCAGUUUUAAGGACAGUUCUUACAAUAGUUUCAUCUGUAUACAAGCAUGCUUGCAUUACUGAGUUAAAAAAAAACCCAUAUAACUACUAAAUAUCAGUACGCAUAGCUUGUAAUCCACCACUUCAUUCUGAUAACUGUUUAUGCAUCCACAAUGAGGGUCUUGUCACUUGUCAAUUAUCACGGACCAUUACACAUGAGUGUGUCAUAGCUUAGCUUCUCCUUGAAUAGACGUUGGUCAGCGAGCCUCCCAUCAGUUCAAUGUUAAUGUCCUAUUGGGUCCAGUCAGUCGGUCUCUGGACUACCCCCUCACCUCCUUUUCUCACCCUCAUCUCCUCUUGUGUGCUGUCCAGCUGGCUCUGACCUCUGACCCUUUCACCCUCACUCCUGACCCCCGAGGACAUUCCCACGCCACACCCUUUUGUGUACAUCUCGCCAUGGAAACCUAGCAGUCACUCCCUCUGCAUUUUUAGCAAUUAUGGUGAUAGAUAUAAUUCACGUUCACUGGGAUCGGUGUAAUGCGGCCUAAUUUGGCUUCAUCCCAAUUCAAGUAUGAGGGGCUGCAAAACUGAAAUGUAUAUAUUCAUGAAGAGUUUGUAAAUCUUCCCAAUAUUGGACAUGAAGUAUAGCCAUUACUUUACAUUACUUUGCUUAUUAUAUGAAUUAUUAGCAUUGCUAAACGCAGUAUAUACAUUUUAUAUUUACUAAAUCAAAAAGUCAAAUGCAACAGCCAAAUGCUCUGAAAUGCUCUGAAGACUUGAAUAAAAUUUAUUUCAAAACGU